AUGGAAGUGUCAUCGCUUUACAGAAAGAAUUCUCUCCUGCCUGUUGCCGUUCCUAAGCUUGAUUUUCGCUUGACACAAUCUCGCAACUACAUACCCAGGAGAGCUGUUCUCUAUGUGCCUGCUGAUGAUGAGCGAAAGAUACAAAAAAUCCCAUCUCUUAAAGUGGAUUGUGCAGUGCUGGAUUGUGAAGAUGGAGUUGCUCUAAACAGAAAGACAGAAGCACGAACAACUACUAUGAAAACACUUGAAGGAUUUGAGUUUGGCCAGACAGAAAAGUGUGUAAGGAUCAAUUCAGUGUCCAGUGGUCUUGCUGAAGAAGACAUGAAGGUCAUUUUGGUGUCCAACGUUCUUCCUACAAGUCUGAUGCUACCUAAAGUUGAAAAUGUGGAAGAAAUAAGAUGGUUUACAGAGAAAUUUGCAAGCCACACAAAAGGCCGAACACUUGUAGAACCAAUGCAUUUCAUCCCUUUUGUGGAAACAGCAAUGGGUCUGCUCAAUUUUAAGGCAGUUUGUGAAGAAACACUGAGAACAGGACCCCAAGUUGGCCUUCACUUGGAUGCCGUAGUCUUCGGAGGAGAGGAUUUUCGUGCCAGCAUAGGUUCAACGAGUAGUAAAGACACCCUUGAUAUUCUUUAUGCCAGGCAAAACAUUAUUGUCACAGCAAAAGCUUUUGAGUUGCAGGCCAUAGACCUUGUGUAUAUUGACUUUCAUGAUGAAGAAGGGCUCCGGAAGCAGUCAAGAGAGGGCGCUUUAAUGGGUUUUACUGGUAAGCAGGUGAUUCACCCUAAGCAAAUUGCCAUUGUCCAGGAAGAGUUCUCACCAAGCCCUGAAAAAAUUAAGUGGGCACAGGAACUGAUCUCUGCCUUUGAUGAACAUCAGCACAUAGGAAAGGGUGCCUUUACUUUCCGUGGCAGCAUGAUAGACAUGCCAUUACUGAAGCAGGCCCGGAACAUUGUUACGCUUGCCACAGCCAUCAAGAAAAAAUGAUCUGCUAAAUGAACCUUCCCCCUAGGGGGGCUCCAGGAGCUGUUUAAAGAAGAAUUAUAUAAUACUUGGAGGAAGAA